AUGUCGGCGUCCGGCGACCGGAAAGUCGCCGUCGACGGCCGUUGUACUUGCUUUUCCGUCGACAACAGUGAUGAUGAUAACAAAUUGCAUGAUCGGAGUUGUCCGCAUUGUAGAAGAUCGAAUCUUCCUUCGUCGUCGUCUUCUGGUUCUUUGCUCAGCUUCGAAUCGAUUCCAGUACAAGAGUACGAUAAGCUUGGGAGAAUCUUCGCUGCCUCAGUCAAGGGUUUCACCAUUGGAGCUGGUCUCAAAGGCGGCCUAGCUCUCUUCUCUGUCCUUGCUCGCUUGCGUCGCAGACGUUUAUCUCCCUCUGCAAAGACAGCAAAAUGGAGGGCUUUGUUAGCCGGGGCGAUAGCAGGGCCUUCAAUGCUAUUGACUGGAUUGAACACCCAGCAUAACAGCUUGGCCAUUUAUAUUCUCAUGCGUGCUGCUGUCUUGGCAUCGCGAUGUGGAAUAAAAAGCAAGAGAUUUGGACGCAUUUGUAAACCUCUUACUUGGGCACAUGGAGACAUUUUCCUUAUGUGUCUCUCUUCUUCUCAAAUUCUGUGUGCUUACAUUUUGAAGCAAGAUAGUUUGCCCCCCUCAUACAAGUCCUUUCUCAAUAAACAUGGCGCAAAGGAUUCUGUUAUCCUGCAAGGAGUGAAGGAGAUUGCAUGCGGCAUGCCGUUUACUAAUUUGGAGGCUAUAGAGAAGUAUUACCAGUCCACCGGUGUUGACAUUAAACUGGAUCCAGAAAUGAAAGUCCCCUGCUCGAUGGUACAUGGAAAUCAACAAUGUGCUUUGCAUUUUGUUUCAUUUCUUAUUCAAGCCUACAAGAGAGCAUUACCAGUUUAUCUUCCUGUUUACUUAAUUCCGGCACUAAUUGUACAUCGUCAAGGACUCUUGAAGAGACCUUACACAAUUUUGGGGAAAGGUGUUCUGGGCACUGCAAGAUCAAGCUUAUUUUUAUCCAUGUAUUGUUCAUCUGCCUGGUAA